GUUAAACCCACACAGCAAAGCGCUCUUUCUCUCCGCUCACUCAAUUCUUUACGAAUCACCAAUUGGUUUUUGCUAUUUGUGGGUUUCAUCCAAAUGGCGGCUAAAUCCUCGGGAAUUGUAUCACGAACUAUAAGGUGUUGGUAAUUAAGUUGUUGCUGAUGAGUGACUCUGAUUGACAUGAAAUUUUCGGUGAAGAAAGACUAGAUUAAAACAACAAUAACCAGCUUAGAUGUUAGCAAAAGGAAGGAAGACUACUGGCAGGGGAGAAGCAGUGCCAGUGAACUAUGCUUUUGGUCCACACGAGGAUGACAUAAUCAUAAAGCACAGACUUCUGACCCGCACAACCACCACAAGGGGUGAACCCCCAUUGAAGAAACUUCAGAAGAAGUUCACCUCAUUUGUUCUUGAGAUUGAGAAGGAUGAAGAUAACUUUAAUGACAGUGCAAAACUUUCCAAAACUUUCUUACAGGAGUUGUCCACUUUUGAGAUUCCUCUUCUCAAAAGCAAAGCUGUUAUUGAUGCAAACAUAAGAGAAAAAGAGAACUUCAAUGAAUUGAAAGAAGAGAUAAAUAGGCAGAUAUCACAGGCGCAGGCUGACAUAGAAGAUCUGAAGAAGCAACUUGAAGAGAGUAAGAUUGAAAGACAGCACAAGGAGGAGUGCGAAGCAAUUAGGAAAUUGAUUGCUUUGCAGCAACCAAGAUCAGAGACACAGAAGAUAAUUACAGACCUGGAGAAAGAGAUUGCAGCAUUAGAGGCAGAGAAUACAGCAGGUUCCAGGUUGCUGGAGCUUCGCAAGAAACAGUUUGCUCUUUUAUUGCAAGUGGUGGAUGAGUUGCAGAAUACCAUAGUGGAAGAACAGAAGAACUUGAUAGAGGAGAUGAGAAUGGCUGAAGAGCAGAAGAGUGGGUUAGAGGACGCUUUUGGGGGCUCAGAAGCGAUGGCCAUUGACUAGUUUAUCAGUUGUAAGGAUUGUACUAGUACUGACUUAAACUGAAGACCUUGAUAAACACGGGGAUUAUUGGAUGAGAAUGAGGUAAUGCUCGAAUGGUCCAUUCUUCCUGAAUUGACAUUUCCCUUAGCUGGAACUAGAUUUAAGAAACUUUGCUGUAAACAGAAAUUGAAUAAUUAGCUUAAAGCUUCUUGAUGAGAUAAUUUUGGAGAUUUCUUCUGUCUACCAGUGGAAUUCUGACGAUAGAAGCAUUAGUACUUAGUAGUCACCUCUUCCUUAAGUAGAUAGUCAAUUCUGGAUAUGAUUAUGCAGGAAUCACUUGUUACGUCUCAAACCUGGUGUGAGCAUGUAAAUUGUAAAGGAAAAAUAGGUUGUUUUUAGUUGGAUU